AUGCCGAGAGACUACUCCCGAUCCCAGUCCCCGGUCUCCAACCCGACAGGCGACCGCAACUACCGCGAUCGCAGCGACCGUCCUAAGCGCAAAGACCGCGAUGUGUCCGAAGAUGCGCCGCACCACGCCUACCGCAAGAAGAUCAAGAUUCCAAAGAAGGAGCACCCGUAUCCGUCCGUCAAUGAGUUGAAGAAACGCAUCCGCGACGUCAAACGUCUCCUGAACCGCGUCGAUCUGCCGGCCGAUGCGCGGAUCGUGCAGGAACGAGCACUUGCCGGAUACGAGAAUGAUUUGGAGGAGGAGAUGCAGCGACGUCACCGCUCGGCGAUGAUCAAGAAAUACCACUUUGUGCGGUUCCUUGACCGGAAAACCGCUACGAAGGAUGUGAAGCGUCUUGAGCGCCGCGAACAGGAAGUGUCUAAAUCGGACCUCGAUGCCGUAGCGAAGGAGAAGAAACUCGCGGCGUUAUCCCAGAAACUCGACAUUGCGCGCGUCAACCUCAACUACACCAUCUACUACCCCCUUACCGAGAAGUAUAUCGCUCUGUACGCUGCGGUGAAGAAGAACAAAGAUGGCACGACAGAUGGAGCCGCCGAUGACUCAGACGUCGAUGCGGGAUACAAGCUUGUCCAUGCGACCAGGGAAGAGAAGCCUGCCAUGUGGCAUGUCGUGGAGAAAUGCAUGAAAGAUGGGACGUUGGAGCUGCUCCGGGAGGGCAAGCUGGAUACUCCCGAUGUGGACAGCACGGGCAAGGGCAGUCAAAAAUCGAAGAUAGACAAACACGCCCAGAGUAAGACAGACCAGACGAAGUCGAAGUCGAAGAAGUCGGAAUACAAGGACACGAAGCACGCGACCAAGGGCAAGGGCCGUAGCGUCACUUCGGCCGCCUCUGAUGAAAACGGGGAUGAAAGCGACGGAGGCUUCUUUGAGAUGUGA